AUGAGGCUGAGCCGGUGCAUCCUUGUGGCCCUUCAGCUUGCGCUGGUGCUGCUCGCCGGGACAAGUUGCGCCCGGCCUGAUCCCGCCCAGGCAGUAACGCCGGCGCCGGAGCCGAGCGGCCGGCAGAGGAUCGCGGAGGGGGCUUUCAUACCCACUCGCGCCAUCCUGUACACCCCCAACUCCUGCCGGAUGUGGCGCUACUUCCCCCAGGUCGGCGACUUCACCCAGAUCGUCGUCCCGCUGCUCGGGCGGCGCAUCAAGUGGAACCAGAACGGCGUCGACCCGAUGCUUAUCAUCCACCGCGGCUCUGAGAUCCUCGAAAGAGUGGAUCUACGGAAAGGCUUCCACGGCGAGACCGGGUUCGAGGCGAUGACGAUGCUGGAGAUGGUCGAGGUGCUCAAGCGCUGGAACAUGGACGUGGACAUCCCGAACGCGAAGGACCUGGCGGCGAUGCAGCGCCAGUGCACCACGUGCCGCCUGUCGCACGUGCCCGACGAGCUGUAG